AUGCCCGGCGCCUACUCUUCCUCCAUGAUUAUUAUUCACGCUCUCCUGCUCCUCGCGCUAAUUCCGCUCGCCGCAGGCGCAGCACCGCCGUUGUCUCUGUGUGGCGAAGGCAACUACUCAUCAGGCGGCGCAUACGAGACCAACCUGCUAGACCUCCUCCUCGGCACCCUCCGCCAGAUCGCCUCCUCGUCGCGGUCCCUAUUCGCCAAAGGCUCCCUCGGCGCCGCGCCGGACACUGCCUGGGCCCUGGUUCUCUGCCGCGGCGACGUCAGCGCCGACGAGUGCUACGGAUGCGUCACCUCAGCUGGUCGGGACGCGGCCACAACCUGCAACCGCAGCAGGGACGUGGCCCUCUGCUACAAUAACUGUUACGUCCGCCUAGCCAACUACAACUUCCUCGACAUCACCGACAACUCCGGCGUGGUAGCUUCCAUGAGCGCUCUAAAUAUCACCAGCAUCGAUGUCGUGGGCUACGAUCUGGCCCUCACCGGCCUUCUUAACGCCACGGUGCAGUAUGCGGUGCAAAAGUCCUCCAGGCUGUUUGCCACGGGACAAUGGGUAGGGACCGACCCGGACUUCAACUAUAUCUACUCGGCGGCGCAGUGCGCGUCGGACCUGUCGCGGCCGCAGUGCCGAAACUGCCUGCAACGUCUCAUGGGCAAGUGGCAGUCCACGUUCGUGCGGAACAUGUGGGGCGCGAGGCAGGCUGGUCCGUGGUGCACCUUGAGGUCCGAAUUAUUCCCGUUCUACCUUGGCACCGACCCCGUGGUCAUGUUGCCGACCAGCGCGGCCGCGCCGGCGCCAGCACCCACGGCUGCUUCCAGAGGUUCUCGUACAAUUGCCAUGGUGAUUGGAUUUGUUGUUGCGGCAGUUGUGGCAGCUUUAUUAGCAGAGGAGGAUAUAAAGCCCACGGGCCAGAUUCAAGGGACCACAACACCUGGCACCUCCAAUACAACCACAAAAAAGGAAAAUAGUCAAGAAGGUGAUUCGAUAGUAGACAGUGACAUGGCUAGAAAAUUGCAAAAUACAACAAGUCUAACGGUCCGAGUAUUACAAGAAAUCACAGAUAAUUUCUCGGAGAAUCGGAAAAUUGGUCAAGGCGUGCAUGGACAGGUCUAUGUGGCAAAGCUUGAAAAUGGAGAAGAAAUUGCUGUGAAAGUGCUUUACAAUAACAUGCCACUGAUUGAUGAUGUACAAUUCCAACGUGAGUUCCAAAACCUUAUGAGGCUCGAGCAUGACAACAUUGUAAGGUUAGUGGCCUAUUGCUAUGAAACACAUCAUCAACCUAUGCGGUACAUGGGAAGAACAAUUUUUGCUGAAAGGACAUACAGAGCGCUCUGUUUUGAGUAUAUGCUAAAUGGAAGCCUUGAAAAACACCUUUCUGACGAAUGUGAUGGACUUGACUGGCAUACGCGUUACAAAAUCAUCAAGGGGACAUGGAAGGGAUUAAAGCACCUUCAUGAAGGAUUCGACAAACCAAUUUACCAUUUAGACAUAAAACCUUGUAAUAUAUUGUUAGACAAGAACAUGGUGCCAAAGCUUGCGGAUUUUGGUUUGUCCAAGCUCUUCGGUGAUAAACAAACUAUGAUCACACAAACUCCUAUGGGAACAAUUGGAUAUGUACCGAUGGAAUUCUUACAUGGAAACAUCGUCUCGAACAAGUUUGACAUAUUCAGCUUGGGUGUUGUAAUGAUAAAAAUAAUUGCAGGCCAUGAGGGCCAUUCCAGAAGUGUUGAAAUGCCUCUCCGUGAGUUUUUUGAUCUGGUACAAGAAAAGUGGAGGGACAUGAUGCUGCAAACGUGUCUAGCUUCAAGAUCACUCGAAGCGUACUGCAAGCAAGUUAAUGUAUGCACUGAGAUUGCACUGAGUUGCAUGAAUAUUGAUAGACACAAAAGACCAAAUAUAGCGGAUAUCAUCAAUCAACUGAAUGGCACCGAAGAUGUGUUUAACAGGGCGUUGUCGUCGAGCAUACCAACAAGCAUGCCAUGA